CCAAUCCCCUGGUGUGCAGCAUGAACACGUCGUGCCUGGAGUCGUUCCUCCGCUGCGACGUGUACGCGCUGGGGCUGGUGCUGUGGGAGCUGGCGUCGCGCGUGGCGCCGCGCGGGGAGGCGCGCGCCCCCUUCGCGGAGCUGGCGCCCGCAGACCCCAGCUUCGAGGACAUGCGCAAGAUCGUCUGCGUGGACGCCGCGCGGCCCUGCCCGCCCGCACACACGCACCCCACCAUGGUAGGCAUGGCGAACCUAAUGCGUGAAUGCUGGCACCAGAACCCCUCCGUCCGGUUACCAGCUCUCCGCAUCAAGAAGACACUCCUCAAGCUCGCGGCCAACGACAACAGCAUACGGUUGAGUGAUGACAACGAGGUCUCCGUAUAGAGGUACACGCUUAACUAAACUAUAAUAGUUAAUGUGAUGACAAGACUUGACAGGUACUGUGACAAGGGUUCAAGUAGGAAAUAGUGUAUUUAGCGGUAACAUACACCUUUAUAAUACUUUAGGGUUUCGGUCUUUCAAAUAACAUUUAUUGUGAAAUGAAUAUACAGCAAAAUUAU